AUGUCUUCCAACCCUCAAGACGAUGCAGACCGCAUUCGUCUGAAGCGGCUUGCGAAGCUCCAGGGCGCGAGUCCUACGCCUCCAGCGUCCGGGUCGUCCACUCCUGCGCCUGCAGAGACCAAACCUAAGCCCAGGCCUAUACCGCCGCCAUCGCAGAAGAGGGUGCUGGAAGAGCCUCAGGCGCUGCCGCCAGUUCCGCAGCGGAGACACGCACCAGUGACUCCCGCAUCUCUUGAGUUCCCGACCUGGGAGCACGAGACGAUCGGUCAUGUAUUUAAUGUGGCACUGGAGAAAGCCGUUGCUGAGAAGAGCGGCUGGGAAAUUGUCUGGCUGAAGCAUCUGGCCGCCGAGUUGGAAUCUGAGAGUCCAGACGCUUCAAAGUCAAUCAGACUGAGUGGGGACAUUGCAGAUCGCCUGCUCAUAUCGAGGCUGGAAUUGGACCCGGAAGCUAUGUCGGAUGACCUGGAGUAUCUUUCCGUCAUUGCUUCCCUUCCACCACAGCAGACGAGCUUUCAGUAUCUGGUUGGAUGCUGGAAGCGAUUGAACGCCACAAGGUCUGCAUUCCUGAGAAAGGGAUACCCGCCCGUUGAGAAUCAACGAGGGCAGGAUCUUCUGGACAAGUUGCGGGAUCUAGUCAUCAGCUAUGCGGGAUUGAGUCUGCAGGAGCCGGAAAUGUUCCCUCAACCGUCAGGGCGAGAUUUGGGUCCUUCGGAACUGGUGGCGCCGCUGCUAUCGCUUUCAUCUCUGUCUGCGCCCCUUCUCUCGACUUCCGCGUCGUCUCCCAACACACUGUCGCCUUUUGAGGUUGAGCCAUUCCUACAAGACCUCGCCAAGCGCUUCGAGCCGGAGAACGAGAUUGAUGGUGUGCUUGGGCCAGUCGUCACACAAUUGUGUUGCCACCCGUCACUGUUCCGCCCCGAAGGUCUAGCUGGUGGCGAUGCCAGCUGGCGAAGUGUCAUCGGUGGAUUGGAGGCGCUGGUCAGUAUCAAGAGCAUCGCGAUGAUGAUCACGCGCCUGGAGAACUGGAUCCCUCCCAAUGCGACGGCCCCGGACUUCGAGCGAGUGAGCUUGUUGGGACCCUUGCUAAGACUAGGUGUCUUCGAGAGAGAAUGGCCAGCCAUCGCCAACACAUACUAUUCUAAGCCUAAAGAGCGUUCCCAGGGUGACAUCGAGUCAUCUACUGCUAGUCUCCGCGGGACAUUGAAGAGCCUGCAGUCCUCUAUGUUCCAGGUCUUCAAUACCCUCGUUCGGGCAUCGCCUGAGACUCGGGAGGCAGUCUUGCAAUACUUUGCCCGCGUUAUCGCACUGAAUCAUAGGCGUGCAGGCUCACACGUCGAACCUGACACUGUUGCGUCAGAUUGCUUCAUGGCAAAUCUCCAAACGAUCUUAUUUCGCUUCUGCGAGCCUUUCAUGGAUGCAAACUACACGAAGAUUGACCGUAUUGACCCCGCAUACUAUGCUCAUUCCUCUCGCAUCAACAUAACAGAGGAGACUCGUAUCAACGCGACUAGUGAGGAAGCGGAGCAAUGGCGAGAACGUAAUGCGUCACCUGGUGACGCGCCUAACUUCAUCUCGGACAUAUUCUACCUUUCGAUGGCUAUGAAUCAUUACGGGUACCAGAAGACAAUCUCAACAUUCGAAGACUUGGCGAGACAGUAUGAUGAGAUAAACCGGCAUUUGGAGAUGCUCGAGGGUGAUGGCUCUUGGCGUGGGACUAUGUUCCAAGCGCGGACAGAAACAGCUAUCAAGGCUGUCAAAGUUGAGUUGGACAAGGUGUUGACAUCGCAACUCGCAUUCUCCGUACAACUUGUAGACCCGGAGAUCGUAUUCCGAUCCGUCAGCUUCGUGAAUUUUGUAUCGACAUGGCUCAUUCGGCUUGUUGAUCCAAAACGUCGACAUCCGAAUCCGCCGGUUGAAUUGCCGUUGCCCAAGGAAGUUCCGGAGUCCUUCAAAGUAUUGCCUGAGUAUUUGAUAGAGGAUGUGAUCGACUAUCAACUAUACGUUGUAAGACAGAGCCCCGAAUCUUUGGAACUUUCCGGCAAGAACGAGAUACUUGUCUGGACGUUAACCUUCUUGACAUCCACGUGGUAUAUCAAGAAUCCAUUCCUGAAGGCGAAACUUGUCGAGGUUCUCUUCUAUGCGUCAUUGAACUGGGGAGGGCACCGCGCCAUCAUGACGUCGACGCUCAACUCUCAUCCCAUUGCAUUGAAAUAUCUCGUACCUGCUCUAACGCACUUCUAUAUUGAGGUUGAACAGACAGGGGCGAGUUCGCAGUUCUACGACAAAUUCAAUUCUCGUCGUAACAUUGCGUACCUCUUUCGGGCAAUUUGGGACAAUGCUGUCCACCGGGAAGCCCUGAAGAACGAGACGAGGAAUAACAUGGAGAAAUUCGUCCGCUUUGUCAACCUUAUGAUUAACGACGUGACCUACCUUAUGGAUGAAUCGCUCAGCGAACUCACCAAAAUCCAUGAGAUUCAAACCGAAAUGGAGGACGCCGCCACGUUCAACUCGAAGCCCGUCCAGUACCGCCGUGAGCGCGAAGGUGCCCUGCGUUCGCUAGAGCGCCAUGCAUCUGGUUACGUGCAGCUAGGCAACUCGACUGUGGGUAUGCUAAAGGCGUUCACCGGCGAGACCAAGGAACCCUUCAUGGUCCCGGAAAUUGUGGAUCGCUUGGCGGCAAUGCUGGACUACAACCUGGACGCCCUCGCAGGCCCCAAAUGCCAAGACCUCAAGGUGAAGAACCCAGAAAAAUACAAAUUCAAUCCGAGGCAACUGCUCAGCGACCUCCUGCGAGUGUACUUGAACCUGAGCGACCAGGGCGAGUUCGCGCGUGCUAUCGCAGGGGACGGGCGCAGCUACCGGAAGGAGUUGUUCGAACGGGCUGCUGGGAUUGCGAAGAAACGGCUGCUACUGAACGACACCGAGAUUGAGAAGCUUCUCAUGUUCGUCGUGAAGGUGGAGGAGACGAAGGCAACACUAGAGGCUGAGGAUGAUCUGGGCGAGAUCCCGGACGAGUUCCUUGACCCACUGAUGUUCACUCUUAUGCGGGACCCUGUCACGCUGCCCUCCUCGCGAGCAGUCGUGGACCGAUCCACUAUCAAAUCGCACUUACUCUCGGACUCCAAGGACCCGUUUAAUCGGAUGCCCCUCACUCUGGACGACGUCACGCCGGACGUGGAGUUGAAGGAGAAGAUAGACGCGUUCCUUGCGGAACGGCAGAACAAGAACACUGCAUUGGACAAACCUGCGGAGGAUGUUGUAAAGAUGGAUGUAUCUGCGGAUUGAGCGCACUGCGUACUUGUAGCACAUUUGUAACAACGCAUACACAUGACACGGACUGCUGUACGACACGAACCAGAGAAUGUAUUUCUCAUGUGCAUGUGCA